UUACGUCAUAUGUCGUCGUUAGUAAAACAAGCGUGGGUAGACCGAAAACAAGUGCAGAUGUGAAAAAGAGAGUUGCUUGAAAAGACAUUAAAAUGCCGACAUGUUGGCUUCUAAGUGAUGCCGGACUUCACCAACCCAUUCAUCUGCCCCACUCACACCCUGUUAUCCUCGGCCGAGGACCAGAAACGACUAUUAAAGACAAAAAAUGCUCCAGACAACAAGUUGAAUUGAAGGCAGACUGCAACAAAGGCUACGUUAAAGUAAAACAGCUGGGCACCAAUCCUACCUUUAUUGAUUCAGCUGUGGUGGGCACAGGAAACGAGUACAAAAUGAAGCCUGGACAGCAGCUUUAUAUUGUCAACCGGCUCUAUCCAUACACUAUUCAGUUCAAAUAUGGUUCCACUGGCAAUCACGGUGUCCCAAAAAGACCCAGAGACUCAACCUUAGAGGACAGGGAGAGCCAAUUAGAGGCACCAAAAACGAAGGCAAGCAAACAAACUGAAAAGGUUGCUGUGUCAGGAAGCCACACAGAAGCCAAAAAGACCACGGAAAGUGUUGGACAUUGGAGUCAGGGUCUGAAAGUUUCAAUGCAAGACCCAAAGAUGCAGGUAUACAAGGAUGAUAAAGUUGUAGUUAUCAAAGACAAAUAUCCCAAAGCUCGCUACCACUGGCUGGUCCUUCCUUGGCAGUCCAUCCCUAGUCUGAAGGCCCUGGGUUCAGAGCACAAUGAUCUGGUGAAACACAUGCAGAAGGUUGCAGACCAGAUGGUCCGACAGUGCCCUGAUGCAAGCUCGUUAGGAUUCCGCACAGGGUACCAUGCCAUCCCAAGUAUGAGUCACGUUCACCUCCAUGUGAUCAGCCAGGACUUCGACUCUCCUUGUUUAAAAAACAAAAAGCAUUGGAACUCUUUUACGACUGACUAUUUUAUCAAUUCCCAAGAUGUAAUUCAAAUGCUAGAAACAAAUGGAAGGGUCGCAGUAAAAGAAGGUGUCACUGAGUUACUGAAACUUCCACUCUUCUGUCACAAGUGUCACAAAGAGCUCAACACAAUACCAGCACUGAAGGACCACCUCAAGUCUCACAUUCCUCACAGAUAGGAAAAUGAUCUGCCAAAAAAUUAAAAACACUCAAUGCUAAUUGUUGAAUAUUUUGUCAGAAAUAUUGGGCUUGUUUUGUUUUCACUUACAGUGUAUGGAUCAUUAAACAAUAUCCUUGAGAUAAAGGAAACAAAAUGAAA